AUGGUCCGAAUUGCGGCGUUCGAGGUGGAGCAAUGGAUGGACGAGUACGAAACUACACCGGGAUGCCUCAACAUCGCCGAGACCUGCGCCGCUUCCGUCUCCAUCGAUGAAUUGGUCGGUCUCUCCGAAGACAAGACGGUCCCGGGUCCCGUCGAUUUUUCAACCAAGCUGGUUUACGGUCCCAUCCGCGGCUCGCCCGCCCUCCGCCGACGAGUCGCCGAGCUCUGCGGCGGUGAUGGCUCGGGCGCCCCCAGCGUGCUCGCCGACGAGGACGUUCUCAUCACUCAAGGUGCCAUUGGCGCAAACUUCUUGCUGCUUUAUACCCUCGUCAACCCCGGCGACCAUGUCAUCUGCGUCUACCCCACGUACCAGCAGCUUUAUGGCGUCCCCGAAAGUCUGGGUGCAGAUGUCUCACUCUGGAGGUUGAAGAAGGAGAAUGGCUUUGUGCCCGAUGUGAAAGAGCUCCAAGGUCUCGUCAAGUCCAACACAAAGGCAUUCCCGACCAUGAUCAUCAUCAACAACCCAAACAACCCCACAGGAGCUCCAAUCCCCACGGCAGUUCUCCAGGAGAUCGUCGCCUUCGCCAAAGCCCGCGGUCUCAUUCUCUUCUCGGACGAGGUCUACCGCCCGCUGUUCCAUAAUUUCUUCGAAGAUGACGCCGAUGUUCCUCCCCCGGUCACGACCAUGGGUUACGACAAGGUAGUCGUCACGGGCUCCAUGUCCAAGUCGUAUGCGCUGGCGGGCAUCCGCAUAGGCUGGAUCGCAUCGAAAGACAAGAAGAUCAUUGAGGCCAUCGCCUCGGCAAGGGACUACACCACCAUCAGUGUAUCUCAGAUCGACGACCAAAUCGCUUCCUACGCGCUGUCGAAGUCCGUGUGGAAACCACUGCUGCAGCGCAACGUUGCGAUCGCGAACACCAACAAGGCAUUGCUAGAGGCCUUCAUUGACAAGCACAAGAACGUGUGUUCCUGGGUCAAACCCAAGGCCGGCACGACGGCCUUCGUCCAGUUCUCCCACAACGGCUCGCCCGUCAACGACGUCGAAUUCUGCUUAGAUGUGCUUAACAAGACCAAGGUGUUUUUCGUUCCUGGAGCAAAGUGCUUUGGUGACGGCAAAGACUUUGCAGGCUACGUCCGUAUUGGCUAUGUAUGCCACACGGAAGUUCUCAAGGAAGCUUUAGAGAAACUUACGACAUACGUAGAGAGGAAACUGAAGUAG